GUGGAUCCAAAGGAGAGCACCGGUGGUGUUUGGGAGCAGUUCUGUGCAAACCCUGGUCAUCUGGUGGCUGGAGUUCAGUGCAUCCCGGCGUCCACCAGUUGGGCGGCGUUCAGACACCAGGAGACACGACGAGCCCAAUCCCAAGCCCAAGCCAGCUUCCAAAACGCAACAGGUGCCACGACGAACAGGAAAGCAACCAGCUUCCAAAAACCAACAGGUGGCAGGACAACAAAUUCGACAACAAAUUGGAUUUCUGUCUAUGGAAGAUCUGCUCAAUGAAUGUGAGGUUGAUGAGGAUAGUAGGGGUGCUCUUUUGGGACAAUUAAACAAGAGGAUGGAGUAUGGUGAAGCCAUGGCAGAGGAAACUCUUCAAAAAAUAAGGGACGAAACUAAUGAACAUUUAAAGUUCAUUGUUGCAGAACAUUCAAAAUGGUCUCGGCUGUAUAAUGAGAUCAAAUACAAGGCCCAAAUUGAAGACAGUAAAACAAGAAAACAGAUGGCUAAAACUGUUGUAGUGCAAAUACAUGACAUUCAGAUGAAGGAGUUACAGUUUGUGCAGACUUUCAAACCGGGUGGUCACUUCUGCGAUGAUGUCCUGGAAAUUUUCAGGUUAAUUUGGAAGGAAUCAUGGAAACCUGACACGAUUAUGCUUUCUAGGGGUGCUGUGGACCAAUUGUUAGGGGUGGAUAAUAGAUCUGGUUUUCUUGAAAGAGAAUUCAAAGACUGUACCAUAGCGGAAAUAAAAACGAUUUUUGUCCCAUUCAUUUCAUCAGACCACUGCUCCUUGGUUGUGGUGGAACCAGAUAUACGUCUUAUAACUGUACUUGAUUCCUUGUUUGACUUGGAGGAAUCAACAAAACGUCAUGAAAGACUGAUAAGCGCACUGAAAAGCUAUCUUUCUUCACUAGGCCUAGAAUGUACUGACUUCUUAUCUUCAACACCACGUGUUCAGAAGCAAAAAAACCUUGAUGAUUGUGGUUUUCAUAUGCUUCUGUUCAUAAUGAGAUAUAAGAGUGGAAACUACAAGAACAUUGAUGAGGACGAAAUCCUCAUUUGCCGCCAACACACUGCAUGGUUCCUCCUUGAGCACGAAGAUAACGUGUUGAGGGGCACAUUUACAAAGGGGCAUUCAAAAAGGAGGUUGGAAGAUAAAGAUAGAGGAGAGAACAAGAAGCAAAAGGUUCACCAAAAGGAAAAGAAUCAAGAGACGCAGGCAGAAAAAUCAAAUGAGGAUCAGGAUCAGGAUCAGCAGGGCGAGGUCAGUGAUCAGGAUCCUGAUCAGGAUCAGGAUCAGGAUCAGCAGGGCAAGGGCAAUGAUGGGAAAAAGGAGACUACGAAAAAAGGCAAUUCAAAGAAGAAGAACAAGUCGUUGGAUGGAAGAAGUGUCAAAGAUGCAUUGCUUGCUCCGAUAAGGAAAGUUGAGGUAGUCAAAGGAGGCUGCUCAGUCGUCUCCCCUUUCACGAAAAAUGAUACUUGGACCCAGAAUCUGGGUGAUGAAGAAUUGCGAUUGCAACUCUGGAAGAAGAUAGUUUUGAAUGACGAGUUCAAGAGUGUUACUCUCAUGAGGCUUCAUAAGGUCACUAGAGUGACUGAUGGAUGGCAUUUAUCGGGACAUGAUAUUUCAAAAAGCUUUGGGGCGAAAUCUUGUUGUCAAGACAUAUUGGUGUCGUUUUUUAUACAGUGUCUCCUUGCUGAUGAAGUUUCUCAUGGAGAUGAUACUGUGGGCUACAGAAUCUUCCUGGAUCCUAAAAUUAGUGAAUUGCUGUUGGCUUCCAAGGAUGCAUUUAAUAUUAAUUCAGUUGUUGAAGAACUCAAGCUACAAUACACUGAUCAGCAAAUUUUGAAAGCGAGGCAUAUAUUAUUGCCCGUCUGCCAUGAUUCGCACUGGACAGUAUAUGUUAUCAACAAAAACUUUGGACAAAUCGAUAUAUUGGACUCCUCAUGGGCUACGGUGGAGGUGAAGCGCAAAAAUCACAGAACUAUCGCGGGGGUUAUAAGGUCGAAGUUGAGUGAUGCUAUUUUGUUGAUCACUGAUAAACACCCCAAAUUCUCAGAAUGGAGCAUGCCAAUUAUACCUGCUUCUUCUAUCGCUCAGCAGAAACAAGGAAGUGUGGACUGCGGGUUCUUUGUGAUGAUGUUCUUGAAGUACUAUAAUCCAGAUACUCAUCAACUUGAGUUCUGUGACUUGAAGGAAGAUUUUAAGUGUAAGAUUCUCUGGUACUUACUCCAUCACAAACUCAAUGCAUCAGCUGAUUCACGACCUUGGGAUAUCAACCUGUGAUCUGUGUAUCCAAACCUUGGAUUUUUUUUGGUGAGGAGAGGAACUUAGAACUUUAUGUCUGUGACUUGAACUUCUGAACUUGGUCUGUAAAACUUAUUCUGAGCGCCUGAACGUGGUCUGUAACUUGGUGAGGAGAGGAACUUUAUGUCUGUGACUUAUUCUGACCACUUGAUGAUCUGUAGCCUUAAAUAUGGUAUGGUUACUUAACGAACUGAUUGGCUUG